AUGAGUUCGAAUUUGGCAUCUACGAUGAAUCUGAACCAAGCCAUAAAACCUGAACAUUCUCAAGUGACUUUCAGAGGGACCGUUGCGGGAUUGGCAAUUGGUACCUUGAUCUUAUUGUCGAACUUCCAGUUUGGUCUCCAAACGGGGUGGGUUUCAAUGAUGUCGUUACCUGCCGCCUUGAUGGCGUUUUCCAUUUUUAAAACAUUUGAUUCUUAUUCUCCCUUAAGUUUUCCAUUCACACCACAGGAAAACGUUUACGUACAGAGCGUUGCUGUUGCCGUUGCUACAGGGCCCUUGGCUUAUGGGUUUAUUGGCAUUAUUCCAGCAAUUGAAAAAUUGCUUACACCAGAAGAAGCUGGUGUGAUCUCUAAAGUGACGGACGGACUUAGGGCUGUCUUCGAGCCCUUCAAACCUUCCUAUAAACUACUCAUCUGGAGUUUAGGACUGGCGUUUUUUGGGGUUUUCUUUGCUGUCCCCCUAAGGGAAGAAUUUAUUGUCCGACAGAAACUACAGUUUCCAAGUGGUAGUGCAACAGCUACUCUGAUUAGUGUCUUUCAUAGAUUUCCUUUACGAUUAAACUCAUCUGACAAUGAGGAAAAUAAUAUGGAUAAUCAAACACAGAUACACGAUGUUGGUUUUCAUGAUCUCGAAAGGGAUCCCAACAAAGCCGACGAAGAGGCGGAAUCAUAUUCAAGAGAUAUGUUAGUGUUGUCUUCAACCGCUAUGAUUUCAGCUAUUUACACCUUGACAUCAUAUUUUAUACCCCAGAUUAAGAUUAUACCAGUGUUGGGAAACUAUUUAUCCAACGAAUACUUGAUAAACUUUACACCGUCUCCCGCUUAUAUUGGGCAAGGCAUUAUUAUGGGAUUUGAAACCACUUGCGGUAUGUUUUUGGGCAUGAUAUUAGGGUGGUUCAUAUUAUCACCCUAUGCUAAAUAUAUGGGUUGGGCUCCAGGAGAAACAGGAGACUGGAAGAACGGGUCUGAAGGCUGGAUCAUGUGGAUUUCUUUAUCCAUCAUGAUAUCUGACUCUGUUGUCUCAUUGGGACUAAUGAAUUACAGACUGAUUAUGUCAUACCUUAGUUAUUUGAGGAACUCAAAGAGACAAUCAAACAUCGAAUCAUCAAGUUUGCUACAAAGUAUCCGCGUUGGCUCACCUGGCAACAACAUCCACAACGGAGAUACUACAAGCACUAGUAAUUCAAGCGGAAAUUCGUACAUGGAUGCAGAUGAGACAGCAAUGACCAAUGCCCCUCAAAACAACAAUGAGGAUAUAUUUGACGAAGAAACGAUCAACUAUAAGGUCCCAGUUAUAGGAUUAUUGCUAUGUAUACCAAUGUUGAUCAUUUCGAUGAAGUUCAUUUUCGGUAAUAUUGUGCCUGCCUGGAUUUUGUUGUUAACGAUCCCAAUAUCUUUGGUGUUAUCAUUAGUUGGAGUGAAAUCUUUGGGAGAAACAGAUUUGAACCCUGUCUCUGGAAUCGGCAAGUUGUCUCAGUUAAUGACAGCUUUGGUGGUCCCCUCUUCAACCCCAGGGGCUGUCUUGAUCAAUUUGGUAGUUGGUGCCAUUUCAGAGGCGACAGCUCAACAGGCAGGAGAUUUGAUGCAAGAUUUGAAAACUGGAUAUUUGCUGCAUGGUUCACCACAGGCCCAAUUUAUAGCGCAAAUUUUUGGUAGUAUCUGGGGUGUUCUAAUUGCUACACCCAUGUACCGCUGGUAUGACAAGAUAUAUCAAAUACCGGGGCCAUUAUUCAAAAUCCCUACAGCUGUUAUAUGGAUUGAUUGUGCCCGGUUAGUCAAUGGCCAUGAACUACCUGAGAAAGUGGGGCUUUUUGUCAUAAUCUUUGGCAUUUUAUCCUUUGUGUUGUCACUAAUAAGAGGCAUAGUAACGUCAGGUAGCAGAUACUACAAAUAUACCAGAUUGAUUCCAAGUGGAGUCUCUGUAGGGAUUGGAAUCUACAACACUCCCUCGUUUACUCUAGCUAGGUUUUUGGGCGGACUGAUUAGUUGGUACUGGAUUAGAAGACUUGCCAACCGUCACAGUUCUCUGGUAGAUAGCGGGAAGGUUAGUUUGAUUAUUUUUAGCAGUGGCUUAGUUUUGGGGGAGGGGCUGUUUAGUGUUGUCAACAUGAUUCUGGCCAGUUUAGGGGUUCCACACUUAUAA